CUCACGCAAGCCUUCCUGUGCUCAUUUCCGAAACAGCAAAGCAAGGGUACAAUGUUACAGACCGCGGUAUUGAAAUGAAUCUAAAAGUCACCCCAUUCCAGCAGCUGGCCAUUAUUAUUCCGACGCACAUAGCCUGUAGUUCUUUACUGAUGGGGUCCUGAUGUUUAUGGACAGGCUUUCUGAAUAGAGAGCUCCAUCCUAUACCUUUUCCUUUCCCUGAGCCAGACGAGUGUAGAAACUCGCCAUGCGGGUGAGUUUCUGCCAGGGCCUUCUGACUGGAGCCAUCGUUCUGAACCUGCUCAUCCUCUACUAUGUGUCCCGAGCCCAGCAGCAGAUGAUGGAGAAACGCCGGGACCCAGGGAGGGGCUCCAGGAAGGCUGCUUUACCUGCGUCCGGGCUGGGGGGGGCCUGGUGGGGGUUGGCGGGGGGAUGGUUGGCCCUGGAGGUGUCGGGGGGAGAGGGGAACAGCCGCGGCCCCCGUGUGACUGUCCUCCUACGGGAGUUUGAGGACUUUGAGAACUACGUCGGUGAUGUGGCACGCUCCUUCCUGCACCAGAGACCUGAGCUGCCCUUCCUGGCUGUGUCUGACACCCCGCCCUAUCCCCCUCUGUCUCUCCCCGAGGGGGCCCGUCUCCUGGUGCUCUCCCCCAGCCCCGAGCAGCCUCCACAGGCCCACCGGCCAGAGUUCCACGUCCAGACAGAGUUUGUGCUGCUGGUGCCUGACGGGGUGGAGCUGGAGCAGGGCCGGGCUGUGGAGAGGCUGAUCCGGGAGCUGGAGGGGGAGGGUGGGGGGCCCGUGAGGCUGGUGGCGGCCCCCGUGUUGGCACGCUCGGCCGUCCAGUGCCUGCACCUGCGGGUCAGUCUGAGAGAGUGGACGGCCACCUACACCCCAGCGGCGUCUGGGAGCAGUGGUAGCGUGUGUACAGCCCUUCAGGGGGAUGCAGUGGUCCUCAUCCGCUCUGAGGACCUCUUCAACCUGUCUGUCCCACUGGGGAGGCCCCUGCUGCCCUCGCUCUUCAUCCAGACCUCCCUGCAUGGCUGGAAGGUCAAGCUCCUGGAGAGCCCCUGCUUCUCCGCCAGCCACCGGCCUCUCUUCAGCUCAGCCCACAACCAGUGGAAGGCAGACAGCCAUCUGAAGGAGGCCACUAGCCGGCUGAUGAGGAACUUUGGGCUGAAGCGUCUCCUACUGGCUGAUGGGAAGGAGCAGUGGCACGGCUGUGGGAAGGAGACGGCACGUUGCUUCGGUACAGUCCGAGACGACACCCCUGAGUACCUGUACCUGGAUCGCUGGACCCCUCCAUGCUGCCUGCGCGCCCUACGUGAGACCACCAAGUAUGUGAUCAACAUUCUGGAGAGUUCCGGGGUGCGUUACUGGCUGGAAGGAGGCUCCCUGCUGGGGGCGGCCCGCCACCAGGACAUCAUCCCCUGGGACUAUGACGUGGACCUGGGCAUCUACCUGGAGGACGUGCCCAACUGUGACUACCUGAAGAACCUGGACUCUGGUUCGCUGGUGGACGCUAACGGCUAUGUGUGGGAGCGGGCAGUGGAGGGGGACUUCUAUAGGGUGCAAUACAGCGAGGCUAACCACCUCCACGUGGACCUGUGGCCCUUCUACCCGCGGAACGGCGUCAUGACCAAAGACACGUGGAUGGAGCACAAGCAGGAUGUGGAGUUCCCCGAGCACUUCCUGCAGCCGCUGGUGCCAAUGCCGUUCGCCGGCGUCACCGCCUACAGCCCGAACAACCACCGCGCCUUCCUAGAGCUCAAGUUUGGGGAGGGGGUCAUCGAGAACCCCCAGUACCCCAACCCUGCCAAGAAGAGGCUGGACAGGAGCCGGCUGUGAGGGAGGGGUGUGGCUGGGACCUUUGGAGUUUUCAUGUGGCCCACCAAAAGGACAAAACGAUUCUAGCCACAACCCAAAACAUAUUAGUAGCAAUCCGUGAUUGGGUCACAAGCGGGUAUCCUCUGGGAAUAACUGUCCUUAAGGAUGCCAAAAUGCACUGAUCAAUAAAAACUCCCUGAAGGGAAGGGGUUAAGAGAGAACAGACACCGCAGCUCUAACCCGGCCAGUCACACUGAUGCAAUGACACGUGUUUUAUUUUAUUUACUGCCUGCCUUUAUUAUCUGUCUUUAACACAAUAUCCUCAUCAUGGGUGAAGCAACGGACUGCAUGUUACGUCAUGAGGCGUGACUGACUGACCUCUGUCGGAAUGUGUCUGUCACUACUACUGAGACUGUGGAACAGGGCCUGUAUUCAUAAAGUGUCUCAGAGUAGGAGCGCUGAUCUAGGAUCAGGUCCCCGUCAUUCAUGUAAUCUUAUUCUUUAGGAUCUAAAAGGCAAAACCGAUCCUAGAUCAGCACUGUAUGGAACACAAGGGGACUGCUGCUGACCUACAUGACAGGUUGCAGAGGUCCAUUAUUAUGUAUAGGCUGUAAAUGAAGUAUAGAGACGAGAGUAUUUAUACAUUCAAAACGGUAUUCUGUGGCACAUCAUUUUCCGGUACAUAAAUGACCAGGUAUUUAGUAAGAAAUUCUAUGGUAAAAUGGUAAUUACGCAGUAAUUACAUAGCGUUAAUUUUCAAGAUCUUUUUGGGGGAGGUGGCACCAUUGGGUACAAGGUGGUUAUCAAUUGUUUUGAAGUCUUUGAUGUAGUACCAUAAAGUAUUAGUUGUUAUCCAAUGACAUAUCCACUACAAUAUCAGCUGCUGUUAAGCAAUAUCUGACACAAUCCGUGUCGAUAGCUGUGUUCAUUAUUGAUAUUAGGAAUAUACAUGUGUCGGUCAAUUCUGUCCUAAAGCUAAAGAUGUACUCCAUGAAAUAUAUGUGUGGAUUUGUUGCACUGGUUCACUUUCUUGUUUGCAAUUUGUUUACUUCACGUUCAGGGUACGAUAUGUAUGACUUUUGACCUUUUUAAACUGUCAACUGAUGCCACUGGGUAGGCCUUGGCAUGUUCCAUCAGCAUGCCGAAUUUGGCUGUCCGAGUCCCAGUGGUAAAAUGAGGAGCUUUCUCUUAAACUCUGACUUGGAUAUUCAUGUGAGGCCAUGAUUAAAGCCCCAUCAGUCCAUGCAGGUGCAUUCAAAUCCCAGGUAUGAAUUUAAAAAAAAACGGAACUAUCCAAUAUACUAAAUGAAAUGUGUGUGUCAUCUGUUGAGUGUUGCUGUCACAUUUGUGUCCUGCCUUGACUGGAAUGUAUAAAGUCAUCUGAAUUGUGAGUGAAAGACUGAUAUCUGAUAGGUGCCACUUGUUUGCGCUUGACCUAUCGUUUUACAAGUGAGGGAAAAAUGCACCAAAUAACUCUUGCUGUCAAUGUGUGUCACUCCAUUUCAUGUACUGAACAGAUAAAAAAAAAGAGUUAUAACACUA